AUGAAAAAUGAAUGUCCUUUAGCACAGGUCCGGUGCUGCCGUGUCCUGGCUGCCUGCAGUGUCAGGACGUACAGAGAGCUCACUGCACUGACACUGCAGACAGGUGACAGUGCAGUGCGGACCCUGAGAAGAGAGCCAGGACAUGACAUUGACUUCGCUACCCGGAAGAUCGCUGCUCAUCUGACUCAGACCAAAGAACUUAUUCAGAAUGGAAAUGAGUUUAAGACAAAGACCCUCAGCACAUUUAGGAAUUAUAACCUCGACUACACUGUUGGGGUAGAAUUUGAGGAGAAGACUAAAGGCCUGGAUAAUCGGGUGGUGCAGACCUUGGUGUCCUGGGAUGGGGAUAAACUUGUCUGCGUCCAGAAGGGAGAGAAGAAGAACCGUGGCUGGACACAUUGGAUCGAGGGAGAUAAACUUUACUUGGACCUAACAUGUGAAGAUCAAGUCUGCCAUCAGGUCUUCAAGAAGAAGAACUAAGAAAUGUUCCAGUUUAUUUGCAUACUGCCCUGUUUUUCCUUUAGUUUUGAAAAGCUG